AUGUCAAAAAUACGAAUUCAUAUAUCGAAUAUAUCACCAAAUUUGAAAGAGAAACCAGAGUCACUUAUAUCAAGAAUAGAGAAAUUGGGUAUUAAAGUUGAAAAUGAAUUAGAAAUUCAUACAAAACCUUUACAAUAUAAAUAUUUCGCUUAUUUAAAUAUUUUUGCAACUGAUUCACAAUUUGAAAAUUUAAAGAAAAGUCUAAAUGGAGUUAUGUUUAUGGGUAUGAAACUAAACAUAAGUAAAGCAAAAAAGGUUAGUUAUAAAAAGAGGAUAAAAGAGGAAGUAGAAGAUAAAGAACAAAUUAUACAAGAUAAAGUGAAUAAGUCAAGAUUGGAAAAGAUUGAAGAAUAUCAUACUACAUAUCCUGCUAAUAGAUUUACUAAAAAUAUAGUUACCACUCCUUUACAAUCUUCAAUUAUUUCACUUUCAGAACAUACAUUUAAUAAUACAAGUGGUAAUACAAAAUUAUCAAUACCCAAAAAAAGACUCAGUGGUUUAAAUUCUUAUGGAGCUACUUUAGAUUCAAAUUUUAAGUACACUUCAGGUAAGGGUCAAGUUAUCAAAGGAACACAUAGAAAAGCACCACGUAAAGGUCCAAAUUUAAAGAAUCAAAGUUUACGAAUUUUAAUUAAUGGUGAUUUAAUAAAGGUUGACAAAUUUUACAAGACUAAAUUAUGGGGAGUGGAUCAGAAAGUCAAUUUUGAUGAUUUAUCAUAUAGAUAUAGUAAUGGUGAAUGGUUAAGUGGAAAUAAUCAUGUAGUAGAAAAAUGUAAUAUGUCAGGAAAACAAGCAAUUGAAUAUGGAGCAAAUUUAAUACAUAAAGAUGAAAAGGAGAUCAUUGAUGAUGAGAUCUUAGAUGAAUUGAAUAAGAAUAAAUCAGUAUUGGCUUCAGUGUUGAAUAAAUUUGAUUUUGAUAAACCUAUGAAAUUAAGUGAUGAUGAAGAAGAACUAGAAGAAGAAAAUGAAGAAAAUGAUAGAGCUUUUGAAACUGUUGAUAAUCCAGAUGAAAUUAUAUCCAAAUCUAAAUUAGAAUUACAAAAUCCAAUUAAGGAAGUAUAUUAUGAUGAAGAUGAUGAAGGUAAUGAAAUUGAAAAUAUAAAUGAAAAUUUUACAACUGAAUCAAUUAUUAAAAAUUAUGAACAAGAACAUAAAGAAGAAAUAAAAGAAGUAGAAGAACAAUCAAAAGAGGAUACACAAUCAAACACUGAAAAUCUUCGAUCUUUAUUAAAUGAAUCUUCAAAUGGUUUUAAAUUAGCUUUAUCUUCAGAUGAUGAAGAUAUAGACGAGUUUAAGAAUAUAAUGGAAGAACAACCAAUAAAUAAAAAACAAGAAGAAAAGAUAGUUGAAACUAUUCCUAUUAAUGCUAAUAAAUUUGGAUUAUUUUGGUAUCAUUCAAAUUCGCCUUUUUUGAUUACUCAAUCUCAAUUAUCAAAAAUUGGUUCUAGUGAAGACAAGAUUCAAUUACCAGAAUUAGACAAUAAAGAUUCAGGUGAAUCUGGAUUUGAGAAUUGGUUUUGGUCUAAACGUUCAGAAAUUUCAAGAGAAUGCAAAAUUAGAAAACGUGAUAUAAUUAAAAAAUUUAAUAAGAGGAAAUUUUAG